AUGUCGAAGUGCGUUAAGCGGUUGGAUGGAUGGAAGAGUGCUUUUAUGUCACGUGGUGGAAGAUUGAAUCUUAUUCAGUCAAUUCUGUCUUCUAUUCUGGUUUACUAUUUGUCUCUUUUUCGGAUCCCUAAGAAUGUGGCAGGGAGUAUAGAGAAAUUGAUGAGAGAUUUUUGUGGGAGGGAGCAGAUCGGUUGGGGGCUGAUCAUUUGGUAUCUUGGCAAGAAGUCUGUAAAUCUCGAAGUCGUGGUGGUUUGGGUGGUGAAGAGUAGGUAUGAGGUAGUUGAUGGUCAGUGGGAUACGGGAGGAGGGGGAAGAUUGUCGGUUCAUGGUCCUUGGAGGGAUAUUUCGGCUUUGUAUGAGGAGUAUAGGAGGAUGGUCUGUUUCAAGGUGGGGAAGGGGGAUAGGAUUCAGUUUUGGGAGGAUGUUUGGCUUGGCGAUGAUUCCUUGAAGUCUCAAUUCCCUGAUUUAUUUUUGGUGUCCAUGGCCAAGAAUUGUGUGAUUAAAGACCUGGCAGUCUUGGACGGUGAAGGGAGUGUGGGGGCCAUAGGAUGGAAAUUCCGUUUCAGGAAGAACUUGUUUGAUAGGGAGGUGUCUAUUUUCGCUCUGUUGUUGCACAUGCUUCAGGUUGUGGCUCUCCUGUCAAUUUUGGAGGAUAGGAGGAAUUCGAUUCCAGACACAAGUGGAGUUUUUAAUUGUAAGUCCGCCUUCCACUUCUUGACUUAUGCUCAUUUAGGUCCCGAGUUGGAUUGGGCUAAGAAUUUAUGGAGGAGUUUCGCUCCGUAUAAAGUUAAAUUGUUUGGAUGGUUGUUAUUCUUGGAUAAGGGUCUCUUAGUGUAUGCUUUCUUCUUGUUCUCACCUGUUCCUGUGCCAUUUGGAGGGAGGUCGGAGGGUGGCACGUUUGUGGCAGAGUACUGUUUUGGUGACUUUUUGGGCAAUUUGGCUGGCGAUGAAUAG